AUGAAGGAUUUUCUCAUUCUCCUGCUCUUGAGUGCAACUGGUGAGAGUCUGGGCCUGGUUCCUGCCUCGGGCAAUAUGCAGGGGUUGGAAGGGCAAUUGAAGAGAGCAGCAGCUGCUGCAGGAGAUGAACUAAAGCACCUGGAUGCACAGCUGGUCCUCUGGACCUGCUCUCUGAGUCCCUCUGAUGCCCGAUGCCUUUCUCCAGGACUUAUUGUGGAAAAUGUUUCUAAUGAAAAGAAAAAAGCACAAGAUGAUUUUACUAUUCCUUACAUGGUCUAUCUGAAAUCCACCACAGAGCCCUGUGUUGGGUGUCUCAUCCACCCCCAGUGGGUAUUGACAGCUGCCCACUGCCCCUUACCCAUCAAAAUUCGACUUGGAGUUUAUCAACCCAGCAUCAACAAUAAAAAAGAGCAGGUACAAAAUUAUUCAUUGACUAUGACUCACCCUGACUUUGAUGCAAACUCUCUGGAAAAUGACCUGAUGAUGAUAAAACUCUCCAAACCUGUGGCACUCAACAACUAUGUGGGGACCAUUGCCAUAUCCUUGGAGCACAUCUCAUCUAACGAGUCCUGCUUCAUCCCCACCUGGACUUGGAAUGACUACAAAAACUUCAGUGACCCAGACAUCAUGAGAUGGAUAAGCCAACAUCCUCUUUCUGCCCGUGACUGCCAGAAUGUGCUCCAACAACAAGAGGAAACAAAACCAAAAUUAAACAUCAUGUGUGUGGGACAACCUCUAAGCCUCAUAACGAAAGUAAAGGAAGUUUCAGCUGCUCCAGCCAUCUGCAGUGGGAGGCUGCAUGGAAUCUUGACCUGGGCAAAAGCAGGUUAUACCCUGGGAAAUGAGGGAUUCUUUACAGAAAUUUAUGCCUAUUCAAGAUGGAUCAUGAAAAUCAUGGAAUCCUAUUGA